UCCUGUUGUUAGGCCCAUGAAAAACGAUCUUGAAGCCGAACUGCUCCUCAGCCUCCGCCAGUUCGAUGGUGCACCCCUCCAGGACAAUCAUCCCCACGGGCUCCUUGUCCCCUCGGCGAUCGAAGUAGAAGAGGAUGUUCCCCUUCAGGACGAACCACCGCCUCUGGUACCCCCUGUUGACCUCUCCCCGCUUGCUCAACCAUCCCUCCCUGUCCACAGGCGUCGCCGAGAUGGCGAACGCCACCAUAUUCUUCUCAUUUAUCUUCAUCUUCACUCCAUCAAUCAAUCAAUCGUAAACAAACAAUCAAAUCGCAGCACCACAACCACAAGCACCAACUGUCACUCCGAAAUCAAGCGCAGGUGUCCCUCCCCCCUCCACCCGCCGCAGAUCAGCUGUUGACCCACAUCAGGUUAGGUAUGGAUGGCUGAGCAGCAGGCUGAGGCCUAUAAGAAGAAGCAGGAGGAGCUGAGGGUGCAGUACGAGAAGGAGCAGGAUCUGCAUAAUAACAAAGCUAUUUUGAGUAAAGAAAGUAAAGACAAACUGAGCGUAAAUUUUAUGUACGAGCCACCACCGGGGGCCAAGAAGGAACGUGAGAAGGAGGAUAAUGAGCCGGAGUAUAAGUUCGAGUGGCAGAGGAAGUACAAUGCACCCAGGGAGAGCUACUGCAAGGGUGACAGUGAAAUAAGGGAUCAGCCUUUUGGAAUUCAAGUGAGAAAUGUCAGGUGCAUAAAGUGCCAUAAGUGGGGGCACAUUAAUACAGAUAAGGAAUGUCCACUGUACAGUCAAGCAAUGAGCGCAGUUAUCCAGCCAAAUAGCACAACCACGAGCACCUCGAACUCGAAAGAAGCCCCAGAUGCUCUGACCCUGGUGCAACAGAUGAAGGACGACGGUUUGGCAUUGAAGAGAUCAGCCCUGACUGCCCAACAGCAUCUCCGAGUGCCUCAGCAUGAGGAGUUGAUGGUAUCCGGGGAUGAUGAACCCACUGAGGAGGAGUUUCUCAAUUCUCUGACGCGCAAGGAGAAGAAAAAAUUAUUGAAAAAAUUGGAAAAAAUGGAGAGGAAGAAAAGAAGAGAAGCGAAACGUCGAAAACUAAAGAAGGAGGAGAAAAAGAAGAAACGAAAGAAGAGAAAAUCAAAAUCCCAAGAGAGUUUCUCCAGCAGUUCCAGUAGCAGUGGCACUAGCAGCAGUGACUCCUCCUCGGAAAACAGUUCCAGUGCUGAGGACGAAAAAAAACGUCUCAAGAAACGAAAGCCCAAAAGGAGUAGAAGAGACUCAAGUGAGACUGAAAACGACUCGAAAGAGCGUGAUAAAUCCAGUAGAAUUCGAGUGGAAGUUGAAAAAUCUCAUCGACUGGAGAACGAUAAACCGCAUCGAGGGGAGAACGAGAGACUCUACCGAGACGAGAGGAGAGAUUUCGAGCGACACUCGAGAGAUCGAUACGAAAGAGAGAGAAGUGACAACCACAGGGAUCGUGACAGAUACGAGAGGAAACGACGAAUGCAAGAAUCCGAUAACGACAGGAGAAACAGACGCGAGAGCAAACGAUCCAGAGAGUCCUAGAAUUUUUGCUAUCAAUUUUUUAAACUUAUUCUUGAUUUUUAGAAUCUGAAGUUACUAGCAUUACGGUUGUUUCUAUAGAUUAGAUUGACUAGAUUGUUUUUAAUUGAAUGAACGUGUGGAGAGUUGAUUUUUAAGAGGAAUAAAAUGAGUUAAUCUUGUUGUAUUAUUUGUACGAUGAUGAAUGAAACUUUUAUACAAUAAUCAUUGUAAAAUCUGGAUUGGGAGAAUUAAUAGAGCUUUUGAAUUUAA